UUGAUAUUUGCCCGCACACAGUAUAAUUAAAUGUAUCAUUUUUUAUAAUUUUAAUAAUUCAGCAUAAAGAAAAAACUAUUCGUUUACUCUUUUCUUUUAAAAGUAUAAGAUCAAUAAAGUUGUAUUUAGUUGCGCUUUCCAUUACAUUCUAACACAUCUAAUUGUUAUGUCUACAUAAGUCUUCGCGCUGCCAAUUAGUAAUUAAAUAUUCUCUUCUCUGUCUGACUUGAUUUGAAUUUUUCCCGAAUUGUCAAGUCACUGUUGCUUCUAUAAUUAAAAAAAAAGGAACAAAAUACAUUAUGCUAGUUUCCACAUUGUGUAAAGUGGGUUAAAAUAAUAAAUAAAUAAGUCCUUUUUGUUGAAUACUUAUACUGAACAAAUUCAAAUCACAUUUGUUACAAGAAAAUAAGAAAAUAUGCAUAAAUUUGUAUCAACUGUUUCUUACAUUAAUAAGCCUUUGGUUUACAAUGGAUGGAAAAAUGUAUUACGGCAACAGCAAACAAUUAGUAUAACUGAUAUUCAAUUAAAUCAAUAUCCUCUUCCAAAACAGCCUGUUCCUGAUUUUUACAAAACAGCUGAAUUGUAUUUGAAGUCUGUACAGCCACUUCUUAGUAAGGCAGAAUAUGAAAAUACUAAAACAGCUGUGACUGAUCUUCUGAAAAAAGAUAGUGUUGGUCAACAACUUUAUCACAAGUUACAACAGAAAUAUGAAAACACAGAAAAUUGGAUGAGUGAAUGGUGGCUUGAAGCAGCUUAUUUGGGCUAUAGAUAUCCUGUAAUUGUGCAUUCUAGUCCAGGAACAGUUAGCCCCUUGCAAAAAUUCAAUUCUUCCAAUGAUGUUUAUAGAUGUGCAGCAUAUGUCAUUAAUGCUGUUUGCAACUAUGACGAUAUGAUAAAGAGUGGUAAGAUUAAACAAGAAAUGAUGAAAAAUAUACCAUUAGAUAUGCAACCUUAUAUGAUGAUUUUGGGAACUCAUAGACAACCUAACAAAGGAGUGGAUAAACUAUUAUACAAUGAUAAUGCCAAUCACGUUAUAGUAAUCAGUAAUAAUCAUUUUUUUAAAAUACCAUUGUCUAACUCAAGUGAAGAACAACUGGCAACAUGUAUAAAAGAUAUAGUUGAACGAUCACAAACUCCUGGGAAACCAAUAGGUAUUUUAACAGGAAACGAUAGAGAUACAUGGGCUGAAGAUCAUGAAAAUUUAAAAAACCUUGGCUUGAAUAGUGCAAUUUUAAAAGAUAUAGAAACAGCUUUAUUUGUACUUUGUUUGGAUAAAUCAUUGCCUAGAGAUUUGUUUGUCAAUAGAAAUACUGAAUCUGUAUAUGCAUUGGAAAGUUUGACAGGAUGUAGUUCUGCUGUAAAUGCUGGAAAUAGAUGGCAUGAUAAAACUGUUCAAUUUAUAGUGUCAGCUGAUGGGUUUAUUGGUAUACAAUAUGAACAUAGUCCUUGUGAAGGUCUACCUAUUUCAGUAUUACACGAUCAUGUAUUAAAUUACAUAAAAAAUAAGCAAGAUGAAAAAUUUAAUAUUUCUACAAACUUUGUAAAGGCUGAACAUUUAUCUUUUGAAAUAGAUAAAUCAUUGGAAAUAUCCAUGGAAAAAGCAAAAACAUCUGUAGAUAAACUAUCUCAAGACAUUGAUAUGGAAUGUUUCAUAUUUGAUGAUUUUGGAGCAAAUGAAAUUAAAAAAAAUAAGUUAAGUCCAGAUAGCUUUAUUCAAAUUGCAAUGCAAUUAACAUAUUAUAAACUUCACAAUAAACCUCCAGCACACUAUGAAUCUGCUGCUUUACGUCGAUUUAAAAAUGCAAGAACUGAGUGUAUCAGAUCAACAUGUAGUGAAUCAGUUAGUUUUGCAAAAUUGAUGACGAAAAAUGAUGAGCCAGAAAAUGCUAAAAAAGCAGCAAUGUUAGCAGCUAUUAAUGCUCAUAAAAAACUUGCAAAUGAAGCAACAUUGGGACAAGGAGUAGAUCGCUUAUUUUUUGGAUUAAAAAUGAUGGCACGAGAUGAAAAAAUUGAUCUGCCUAAGUUUUUCUCAGAUGUUGGUUACAAGAAAAGUACCUACUUUACCUUAACAUCUAGUCAAGUUGCUUUCAAAACAGCAUCUUUUAUGUGCUAUGGUCCAGUAGUCCCAGAUGGCUAUGGGUGUUGUUACAAUCCUCGAACAGACAACAUACUGUUUGCUUGUUCUUCCUUUAAAAGUUGUUCCACCACUUCAUCUAAAAAUUUUGCUGAUACACUAAAGCAGUCUUUGUGCAUUAUGAAAAAACUUGCUGAAUUAUGAUGUAAUAAUUUAAAAAAUUGUUUUUUAUAAAAUUUAUACAUAUUUAUCAUAUUAUAUAGCAUUUAAUGGAUUUUUUAUACUCUUAUAAAAAGAAAAUUUGGAAUAAAUUUAUACGAAAUGUUAUAUAAAUAUUUAUAA